AUGAGAAGCAAAUCCAUCUUAGCUGGUGCCGUUAAUGUUCCAAUUGAACCAACAUCAAAUGUUGACUCACGAACGACAAACAAUAUUGUCAUAAAGAACUAUAGUUCGGAGUGUUUGAAAGAAAAAGAACCAGAACUUAAGUCGGGACCUUCGGUCUUGGCGCAUGGCGCCGUGAAUUUAAACUCAGCUUCAAACGCUAACGCUACAUCAGAUGUUAAGUUAGAGUAUCCACCACUGGACCAAAUUCUUUCAAGAGAAGCCAACGACAACCCUUACACAAAUGUUCAAACAAAUCCUUCAGAUAACGUAGACCAUUACCUUCUUCAGUUAUAUCAAACUAUCUUACUCAAAGACGAUAA